GGAGCCGUGUCUCGGUGCUGCAGCUCUCCUGAGGGCCGGCAGUGGCCGGCGGCCGCGGCCGAGCCAGGCCAUGGGCCGGCGCUUGUGACGGGGUCCCUGGCCCUCCACCAGCAGCGGGGCCGACAUGUGCCCGUGACCAUGGAGAUGAAGGACUCGGGCAGCGUGGUGCUGACAGCCUACCAUCCCCACAGCCCGGCCAGGAUCCCGGGCAUGGAGCAGAGCUUUGUACAGGACCUCCCCCCCAGCCAUUCGCCCGGCGGCAGAAAGUCUCUCUCUCGUUGUCGAAGAAUUAAUAGGAUGCUUUCCAACGAGUCAGUACCUCCUGCCUUCAGUCGCUCCAAUUCGCAGGCCUCCAUGGACAGCACUUCCAUGGAGGACUUCUGGUGUGAAGUAGAGAGUAUCAAGGAGAGCAGAGAAGAUGGAUCUGAAGAAGCAAUCCUCUUGGAGUUCAAACCUGCUGAUGAAGGAGAACUGGAGGCAGAAUGGCUGCAAGACGUAGGUUUAUCCACAUUGAUCUCAGGAGCUGAAGAGGAGGAUGGCCAAGCCCUGCUGUCCACUCUGACCAGAACUCAAGCUGCUGCUGUGCAGAAGAGGUACAACACCUACACUCAGACCCUGAGGAAGAAGAACAAGCACACAGUCCGGGAUGUGCGAGACAUCUUUGGCACCAGUGACUCUUCUCCCACAUUUGAGACAGUUCCAGUGUCACCAGUAUCUUCUAAUGGUAUCCAGCUUCCUGGGCAGAAGCCAGUUUGGAAAUCAGUUAGCUCUAAGAGCUGUCUAGACUGUGGAAUAGAUAAAGGCAGCCCAUCCAUAACAGAAGAGCUCUCCUAUGAUGUCUCUUUCUCAGAAUCCAUUACAGUCCUUCCAAAAACCCAAGAGUGGCCGAAAAACCAGAGGUUCAAAAAGGAAGACUCGGCUUUGCCAAAAUUCAUUGUUCGGAAAAGCCGUUUUGGACUGACGGAGGUUGGGGACCUCUCUCCUGAAGACAUGAAGAAGAUCCGCUACCUCUCCCUGAUCGAGCUCACGGCCUUCUACGACGCGCUGGGAGUGGAACUGAAGAGGAACCGCGUGGAGAGGGUGCGGGGACGAGAGAAUGGUCUUUUUGGAGUCCCUCUCACUGUGCUGCUGGAGAAUGAUCAGAAGAAGGUUCCUGGAAUAAAAGUACCCCUUAUCUUCCAAAAACUGCUGCUCAAGCUUGAAGAAACAGGUUUGGAAACUGAAGGAAUUCUACGGGUUCCUGGAUCUGCCUCCAGAGUCAAGAAUCUCCAUCAAGAACUUGAGGCAAAAUUUUAUGAAGACACUUUUGACUGGGACCAAGUACGAAAUAACGAUGCAGCGGGUCUGCUGAAAAUGUUUAUUAGAGAACUCCCAAGCCCACUCUUCACAGUAGAAUAUCUGCCUGCAUUCAUCACGCUAGUAGAAAAAAUCUCCAAGAUCAAGUUACAACUACAAGCUUUGCAUCUGUUGAUCAUGCUGAUGCCUGAAGCCAACAGAGACACAGCCAAGGCCUUUCUUCAGUUCCUGAAGAAGGUGGUUGCUAAUGAAGGGAAAAACAAGAUGAAUUUGUGGAACGUGUCUAUGAUUGUUGCACCAAACCUCUUCAUCUACAAAGGGAAACGUGCGAACCAACAAGAAAUGCAAGCAGCCGCCACCACCGCGCACAUUGUGAGGCUUCUAAUCCGGUACCAGGACAUCCUAUGGACAGUCCCAUCCUUCCUGAUUUCCCAAGUGAGAAAAAUGAAUGAGGCAGCAAUGAACAACAGCAAGAGACAGCUGAUGUUUGACAAAGGAGUGAGAAAACUUCUGAGGAGAAAGACCAUGGAACGGGAGAGACCUGAAAGACCAGAGGGAGCUGUCACUUUUCCUCCAUACUUGCAGUCUGACAUACCUGAGGGGGUGAUAAGAGUUUAUGCUCCACUGCAUUCGAAAGUCUCUAUGGCAAUUCAACUCAACAGCCAAACAAAGGCCAAAGACAUCCUGGCUCGAUUCCAUUGUGAAAACAGCCGUGGAUCAUCACAGAACAUGAGAGGCCAGAUCCAAAGUUUACAUGAAAUUGGAGGAAAUAUAGGUCAGCACUGUUUGGAUCCAGAUGCGUUCAUGCUAGAUGUCUACCGUGCAAAUCCUCAGGCAGAAUGGGUGAUAAAACCAAAAGCCAGCUGAAGCAGAAGGUAGCAGUAUACUGGACGAAAACCAAAUGGACAAGAGUGAUGCCUGUCAUUUUAAGCAGCUCUGGCAGAGACAAAACAAUAUGGUCCUACAGGACAUCAUUCCUUCCUACUGUUCUGUCCAACUGAUGGUCAGCACAUAGUACUUCUGGUAUUCCAGCUUCCAAACCAUUGGAAAAAUACCACAUUAGUUAUGCUUUUUUAUGGAUUACACUUGUGCCAGUUGGCCCAGGAGGUGAGGAGGGCAGACCAAGGUACGGUGCUCGUUUCCUGACCUGGUGUUGGAACAAUUUUUGGAAAUAAUGCAGUGGCAUCAGAUGAAUGAAACACUACUGACCACAGCAUAACACAGAAGCGUGCCAGAGACGUUGGAGAAGGGAAGGUGUCUGUCAGGCACGGAAGGUGGGAGCUCAACAUGCAGCAGUGCCAAGACAGCUGUGUGAAAACCAAACAUUUCUCCUGAAAGUAAACCCAUACAGUGUGUGUUACUGCAAUACUUGUGUCUCCCAGUAACUCCUCAUGAGUACCUGGUACUGGGAGGGAGGCAGGAGGAGGAACUGUAAACAGCUGUACUGCUCAGUGUAAAUACCACUGUAUAUCUCAUGACCAAGUCUUCCAAAAUCAUGUUUGGAUCCCUCAGCUGUGUGCACUUGUAAUGCCACAAACUACAGCCCCCUCCCUUCCUGUCACACACAUUUUCAGGAGACAAAGGCUAGGUGAGAAGGAGCAUAUGCCCCUAGCUCUGCCUGUUACUUGAUACUCUCAGAAUUAAAUCUGUGUAAAUGCCAGACUAUGAGAUGUGCUAAUGGUGCCACUUACAGUCAUCACCUUUUUUGUUAAACAUUAUGGUUUCUGAUUUAUGGUAACCUAAUUCUUUUUAUUUUGUUUAUUUUAGCUUUAAUAUGUAAGCAAUUUUUAUACUCUUCAGCUCCAUCAACAAAUGAGAUCUUUGUUCAGGUCUUGUAUAAUACAGCAUGGAAAAGAAAUAGUGCUUCCAAUGAGAAAAGGGAUUUAAUAAUUUACACAUUAGGUCUUCAAAACCAUAGCCAAUCUAGGUCCAGUUGUGCUGGGGGUUUUACAGAUACAUAGCAAAUUACAGCUGGCAUGCAGUCUAAGCAAACACACAGGCUGACAGGAGAAUAGUGGGCUGCAACUGCAUUGAGAAUGUCAGAUAGGACAUCUGUUUUGGAGCUAGCCACAAGAGCAAGCGAUGUUCUUCACUCAGUCACCUCACUUCGGGCUGUGCUGAACUAAAAGAGGUUUGUUGAGUAGGGAAAUCACAAAUCUCUGGAAAAGAGCAAGUAUUUUUUUCAUCUCUGUCAUGCAAUGAGUGGGAACCAAUGCCUUCAACUGCACUACAGUGUCCCCAUCAUUAGAUGAUGUUGCAUAAUGAAACCACCUCCAGCCUUAGCAAUUUUCGUUCCUGAACUGGACGCAGGGAUGAGGCAGAAGCUCUGUUUAUUACAUAGCAAUUUAAAAGCACUCCAAACCAAGUCCUCUAGGUGAACAUAAAGUCUGCUGGCCUGCAGAGAAGGCCUCUUAACUUGUGAUGCUCUGCUGAAGCUGUGCAAUGAGGAUUUGAACCAGAAGCAGAGCUUCUAAAAUGUGUCAAGUUAAAUGUGUUCUCCAAUAGUUAACUUUCAUUGCUAGUAGUCAGUAAAAGAAAUCGACAUUGAAUCAGUAACUUUACCAGCAACAGUAAUGUCUGCAGAGGGCAGAUCCUGUCUUCUUAUCUUCUUGAUAAAAAAUGAACAAUAUUUUCUUUAAAAAGAAAAAAAGUCCCAUUUUUAACUUUCUGCUUGUUUUGGCAGGGUUUGUGGUUUUUGUUUUUGGUUUUUUUGGUUUUUGUGGGGGUUUUUUGUUUUUGUUUUUUUUUUUUUUUUUUAAUUGAGUUUUUUUCUGUGUUUGGUUGGCUUUUUUGUUUUCUUUCAUUUUUCCUUUUUCUUCUUAACACUAAAGGAGAUAUAGUUGCAGCCGGGAAAAAAAAAAGGACAGUCAUAUUAUAAAAUACACUCCUUAUUUUGACAACUAUUUAUUUUAAAUAUACAAGAGAUAGUAGAUCUGUGGCUUGUUUAUAGGACUAAGCAUAAACAUUUUGUCAUGUGCUUUGCUCCCAAUACCCUUCAGUUCCCUCUGUGGCAAUGGACAGCUCACUCUGCUUAUGCUGCCCUUGUCUGUCAGCUGUAAAGCAGGACUAGUACUUUCCCUAUAAAGGCAACAUGAGAAUUAGUUGAGUUUAAUUCUACUCUCAGUUGUAGCCAAACAAUUCCCUGAGCAGAUCAGGAGUCAUAAACAUCCAUCUGGGAAGAACAAACUCAGCGAAAGCUUUUUAUGUGGAAAGUGCUUUGAAUACAAAGAGAAUCAUAUAAAUGCUAAGCAUCACUGUAUCUAUAGCCAACUAAAAGGCAUUCUGUGACUAUACAGAAAGCCUAAACAUUAAAAAAUAAUUUGAAAUGUCAUAGCAAAUGGGCUAACUUUCUACAGUACUUUCAGACAAAUACAUUGACCUCCUCCAUCUUCCCCACUCACUUCACUUUGUGCUCUCAAUGGCUGUUCAAGGGAAAGGACAGAGCACAGCCCCGUGCUCAUGCUGCAACUUGCUCAGCAUGAUCUUGACCUCAUCAAUGUUAUUUCUGAAAUAGAUCUCCCUGCAUUCUGUACAGAAAACAAGGGGGGUUUGGAAGACUUUUACCACUUCACAACUUAGGAAAGUCAAAUACAGUGUAAUAAAAUCCACCCUGCAAGCUCUUGCUUUAUGCAAAAACUGCCUGUAACUUAAUAAGACAUGCAUAUUAGCAGAUGACUUAGAUUCUACACAGAGUGGCCAAAUACCUCCUGUCUCUGAAAGAGAACGUCAGAAUUCUCUUUUGAUACAAAUGGCCCUAAUGACCCAUGUGUAGUGGUUAAUACUGUUCCACAUUAAAUUGUUUUGUAUUGUUUUGGUACACUAACUUGAUUUAAUAUGCAGCAGACAAAUGGAACAAGCUCAAUGGCAUUUUGAAAUAGAAAGUCUCAACUUUAGGUCAUAUAUUUCAAGAUGCUGGUGAAGGCAUGAUGAAUUUUAUUCCUCCUAACAGAAGCUGAAGGCAAGACUAAGUUGCAAGACAAUUGACACCUAACAAAAAGUAACAAAUGUGGAAAGCUAUUAGCAAGAAAGUGGUAGCAAGCAGGGAUAAAAUUACUGAAAUUCCAAAGAUGCCUCAAGCAUUUACAUACUCCACGGGUCUACAAGGACAGCAUUUUGCAUAUCAACACAUUAGAGAGAGUGUAAAAGCAGGUGUUGCAAAACAGACUGGAAUGCUUUAACCUGUAUAUGCAGCAGGUGUCAUUAGAAAGUGUGUGCGAAUGUGUCUGUGUCCAUGUGUAAUAUUAACUACCUCACUCUGAAUUUUCCAGGAAAAAUAUUUUGGCUUAGACAUUUACUACUUAAUCUAUUAUCAAUUUCACAUUAACAUUGACAAAGUAUUUCUUUUUGUAUGAGGCAAGGUUUGAAAUUACAAAAAACACAAAAAUCUAGUAAAAUACUUAUUUCAGGAUAUGGAUUAAAUUUUAUCCAAACCAUGUUGCCUAAAUUAUGCUUGUAAUGUGAACCUUGUGAGAUCAGAUGUUGGGGUUAAUAGACAAUGAAUACAAACACAUGGUGUUUCAGUUUUAUUUUUCAAUGGGUUUCUAUAAAUGUGUGUCUUCUCUGGAAAAUAAUACAAUGCCACUAAUCAAAGUGAAGUGUUUGUAUGUAUGUUUCCCUUACACUCCUCAUUAUGUUUUGUGUUUUGUUGAAGUACGCCAACACGUAAGUGUAUUUGUACAGCAGAGUGUGUCCACUGUAUUGUAUCCAUGUCAAAAAUAAAAACAAUACAACAAAGCCAGCUCUUCAAGUCUAAACACCUGUAUUUUGGAUAGAAG